AUGUUACCUAUGCUCCUCCUGCUUGCCGGGGCGCUCCGGGUUGAAGGCCAGUCACUACCACAAACUACCUGGGCGAGCUCCAGGUUUAUUGGUUAUUAUGUCGCGCCUGAUUCUCUCGAACCUCUGCUUGCUGGUACUAGCUGGACGACAAGUGGUACCAUUGCCGGGGAUUGCAAAGUCAGUGGGAAUUGCCCGCUGACAACGGAGUGCGUCGAUGGUACAGCGUUUCUCAACAAUGGCGCGACUGCAGUAUGCGCUGGAGGUGCUACUUGCGCAGAUAUGACGAUAUUUGCUACAUCCCCCAAUAUUCUUCCUUCGGCACACAAUAUCGCUUGUCGCCUUGCAUGGAGCGCAAACACAGUGUACCGUAAUCUAGCCGUCACCACUUCAUCCUCUCGCAUCGUCACAUCGAGCACGAGUUCCCCAACUCCAACGGCUUCAGCCUCGACGUCAUCGAGUACGUCGACUAUAUCGAGCGUGAGUGUUUCCGCAACCCCGACUUCGACCUCUCCAGCCGCGCCGACGUCACAAAGCAAAGCUUGGAUCGCUGGGGCAGUGAUUGGGCCGAUCAUCGGUAUCGUACUUAUCGUGGGCGCCAUCUUUUGGUGGAGGCGGAAGAAUAAGUCAAAUGGAGAUGAAAUGCAAGGAUUCGAACAAGGCCACGGCUAUUCGUCAGAUUACACAGCUGCCCAACAACAACCACUCAUGGGAAAAGCAGAACUGUCGAACCAAUAUCAAGUCUCGGAAUUAUCAGGCCAUCACCCACCGUCGGAACUGUCAACUCGUCCGCACUUUAUAGAAUUGUCUACCGAGCGUCAUUGA